GGGCUCUAAAGUCCCAGCAUUCCCUUCGUGCCGCCAUCAAGAUGGCGGCCCCCAUGUUACGGUUCAUUUGCCGGGGCCGGGGCUAUUUUACCCCUGGCCCGUUAGGAGUCUUGCCCCUGGGGCUCCGUGAGGCCCACUCGGGUGCUCAGGGGGUGUUGGCGGUGCAGAAGGCUAGAGGUCUUUUCAAAGAGUUCUUUCCUGAGAAGGGUACGAAGAUAGAGCUCCCAGAGCUCUUUGACCGCCGCACGGCGGGCAACUUUCCCCAGACCAUCUACUGCGGCUUCGACCCCACGGCCGACUCGCUUCAUGUGGGACACCUGCUGGCACUGCUGGGCCUGUUUCACUUCCAGCGAGCUGGCCACAAUGUGAUCGCGCUGGUGGGAGGCGCUACGGCGCGCCUGGGAGAUCCAAGCGGCCGCACCAAGGAGCGCGAGGUGCUAGAUGCAGAGCGGGUGGGAAGCAACGCGCAAGUCCUGCGCCAGGGGCUCGAGGCCUUGGCGGCUAAUCACCGACAGCUCUUUACUAAUGGGAGGACCUGGGGCAGCUUCACGGUGCUGGACAACUUUGCCUGGUAUCAGGAGCAGCGCCUGGUGGACUUCCUGGCGGCAGUGGGCAGCCACUUCCGCAUGGGCACGCUGCUGAGCCGGCUGAGCGUACAGACAAGGCUCAAGAGCCCCGAGGGGAUGAGUAUGGCGGAGUUCUUAUACCAGGUGCUUCAGGCCUAUGAUUUCUACUACCUGUUCCAGCGUUAUGGAUGCCGGGUCCAGCUGGGUGGAUCUGAUCAGCUGGGCAAUAUCAUGUCUGGAUACGAGUUUAUCCACAAGUUAACUGGAGAAGACGUAUUUGGAAUCACUGUUCCUCUAAUUACGAGUACAACUGGAGCAAAACUAGGAAAGUCUGCUGGCAAUGCUGUUUGGCUAAACAGAGAGAAGACAUCUCCAUUUGAAUUGUAUCAAUUCUUUCUCAGGCAGCAAGAUGAUUCUGUAGAAAGGUACCUGAAGCUCUUCACGUUUCUGCCCCUUCCGGAGAUUGACCACAUAAUGCAGCUGCAUGUCAGAGAACCGGAAAAGCGCGGUCCUCAGAAACGACUUGCUGCAGAAGUCACGAAGCUUGUUCAUGGACAAGAAGGGCUGGAUUCCGCUAAAAGGUGUACACAAGCCCUUUAUCAUAGUAGCAUAGAUGCACUGGAGGUCAUGUCUGAUCAAGAGUUAAAAGAGUUGUUCAAAGAAGCUUCAUUUUCUGAAUUAGUUCUUGACCCUGGAACAAGCGUCCUAGAUACAUGCCGCAAAGCAAAUGCCAUUCCAGAUGGUCCCCGCGGGUAUCGGAUGAUAACAGAAGGCGGAGUCAGUAUAAAUCACAGACAAGUAACGAAUCCCGAGAGUGUUUUAGUUGUUGGACAACACAUUCUUAAGAAUGGACUUUCAUUACUUAAAAUAGGAAAAAGGAAUUUCUACAUUAUAAAAUGGCUUCAGCUAUGAUGAAAAAUCCUUCAGGUGGUUCAGUCUUAUCCAUCAUUUCAUUCUCAAGACAUUCGAAAGUUUGGCUCCAGAACUUUUACCUUCAUUUAUACAAAUCAAACAAGAGAAUGGAGUAUACUCUGGGCCUCCCAGUGUGAGUAAUUUCAUUAUUUACAUAGGCUGGUUAAUAAGUUGUUUGUGUAAUGAUGGGAUGUUUUAUUUCCUGAUCCUUAAACAUUAAGGACUACCAUAGAAAACUGUGAUUUCCAGGGUUAAUCUCUUAAAAAUUAUACUUUAUGAAAAAACUAAUUGCUAUCUUUACUAUUGUCCUUGCUCUCCUUUUUGGAUGUGAGGAGGAACAAUGAAAAAGAGGUAAUGUAAUGAAUUGUGGAUACUUUUAUAUCAGUAUAUUAUCUCACUGAUCUUGCUAGUGUUUAUACUGCUCAAAUCCAGCAGUAUCCAUAUUAGAAAUGCAAAAUCUAGUAUUGGAAAUUAAUUUGUUGUUUAGUUGAAGCAAAUAUACUUCUCCUUAAAAAGGAGAAAAGUUAGCCAAAAUACUUCAGCUGGGAGAAAAUUAGAAAUUACAACAGGAGUAGUUCCUUUUCAAAGAAAAGAAUAAAAAUCAGUAUUUGACUUUUCAGAAAGUUUCUAAUUCAGUUUUCCUGUCCCUUGCCUCUGUUUCAGUAUAACUGUUUACUUACAGCCUUAUUUUGUCGGGUUACUAAGGUAGCAAUAUUUUAUAAAUUUAGAAACUUUUAGUUUUAAGUUUCAAAUCCUGUCCCCAAGCUAACUGCAACUUGAGAUAAACUGAAAAGUAACCAGAGAUAAAAUAGAGGCAAAUAUUAUAGCAAACAUCCAAUUAUAUGAGAAUAUCAAGUUAUUCAGAUAAGGAAAGCUUUCAGAUCAAAUUUAAAGGAUUUGGUGUUAAGACUUAGUUAAGUUCUUCAUGCGUUAGACAAGUUAAAUCUCUAGAACCAUUUCCACAUCUGAAAAAUCAAGGUAAUAGCUCCCCUAUUUCCCUAAGGAUCAAGUGAAAAACACAAACAUACAAAAUGGUUCACAAACAUCUUCUAGAAAACCUUACAAGCAGCAAAGCAUGGCUUUAAUAUUCAAAUUCUAGACAUUUGCUACCUGCAUUACUUGGAGCAAGUCACUAUCUUCAUAUAGGAAAAUGGAGAUGCAGUAAUAUCUCAGUGAAAUGUGAGAAUAGGAAAAAAAAGUCAUAAAACUUUCUUGCAGUAUUAGCUGUACUAUGAUGUCCAAAGUAGAUUUCUAUGUUAAAAAACUAUUUUAAACCUUUUUCUGAGAGUAAAAUUAGGACGAAUUCAUUUAUCGAUAAACUUUAAUGUCAUUUCAUACCAGCAAUUUUAUUUACAUAUCAAGAACAUACAGGCAUCCAUUAUAAAUGUCAUAGAUCAGGGGUCCUCAACCCCCGGGCCACGGACCAGUACUGGUCCAUGGCCUGUUAGGAACCAAGCCACACAAUAGGAGGCAAGCAGCAGUGGGCAAGCGAGCGAAACUUCAUCUGUAUUAGCAGCCGCUCCCCAGCGCUAGUGUCACCACCUCGGCUCAACUUCAGAUCAUCAGGCAUUAGAUUCUCAUAGAAGCACCGGUUCCUGGUGCCAAAAGGGUUGGGGACUGCUGUCACCAUCUCCACAUUUCAGAGCUUCACUCAGUUUGAGGGCCAACAAAGGAAGGUUUUCUUUCCAUACCUUUCUUGCUUUUUUUUUUUUUUUGUACAAUGUGUAGUGCCAGAAAGUGCAUCACCACAGCCUGUCUUUAAAGAUAACGUUUUUAAUUGGAAACCUGUUUGAUCUGCUGGAGGAAGGUCCAUUAUAAGGGGUUUUUUCCCUUACCAAUUCAAAAGGCUAGAAUGGUAGUCAUCUAAUCUGUCUAAAACAAGUAAAUCAUAGAUGGCUAUAAUUUCAAAACUGAUGUUUAAUGAUGGCAGAGUGAUUUUAAAGUGCUAACAAACAUCUUGGUAGCAUGUAUUCUAUCAAGAUUCUAAUCAAUUUGAAAUAGUACCAUAUGAGACUCAAUCUGUUUUUUUUAUGUUUGGGAUCAGUUGCUGAGCCUGUUUCUUAGAGUACCAUAAGCUAAAGUUAAAAGAUAUAUUCAUAUUGGCCAGUAGCCCUUCAUAAAUGUCAUCACUUAAAAAGAAAUUUUUAUAUCUGUAAUGUAUAAUUUACUUAACAUGUUAUGUUAGAGAUGGAGCCAGAUGCCUUAAGGAUUUUGACCCUAUCUUAAAUUUGUAAUGUAAUUUGUAUCAAGAAUUGGGGAGUUUUAAUAAAAUGUAUAUAUGUUCUAAAUCUCA